AUGACUGUUUUGAAUGCCCUACGAAUAGCGCACGCAGCCAAACCCUUCAAGGCGCCAGUGGCGGUUGUAGUUGGCGGGACAGCAGGCAUUGGCGCUGCGCUCGCCGAGAAGAUAGCGAGAUAUUCCGUCAAUCCUGAAAUCCACCUCGUUGGUCGUAGCGAGGUUUCGGCGGAGAAGGUACUUAGCGGGCUCAAGGCCGCCAACCCAGGCGGCCAAUACCACUUCCAUCAGUGCGACAUCUCACUCCUCGCCAAUGCACGAACACUGGCUGCGUCAUUGUCCCAAUCCCUUCCGAAGGUCAACCUUCUUGUUCUAACGUCAGGCAUGUUUUCCAUGAGCGGACGGACGGAAACUACCGAAGGGCACGAUGUCAAGAUGGUACUCCACUACUACAGUCGCAUGCUUUUCGCUCAGAGGCUCCUCCCAAACCUGCAAGCCGCUGCCGACGCCGGGGAAAACGCUCGUGUAUCUACGGUCCUAGACAGCAAGCGUGGCGAUCUCCGUAAACUUGACUGGGACGAUCUGGACUUGAAGAAGGGUUUCGGUGUCGGCGCAGUGGCCUACCACUGCCUCACAAUGACGGAUAUAGCCAUUCAACGCUUCGCUCGCCUUCACCCAUCGAUGUCUUUCCAACACGCAUUUCCUUCUAUCGUCGCUACUUCGAUUUCCCGGGCGUUUCCGUGGUAUGUAGCUGGCCCGGCAGCGAUAUUCAAUAUGCUCUUCGCAAGGAGCGCCGAAGACUGUGCGGAAUACCUGUUUGACCCUCUGUGGAACGAUGCCAUGAAGACAGGAGCCCACUUUAUCGAUUCGGAUGGCAAGGAGGUUGCGCAAGUGAAAGCCGACAGUGGAGCAGAGGCGCAGGAGAAGCUAUGGCGCCAUACCGAGGAUAUCAUAGGGAAGCCCUAG